AUGCCCCGCUCAGACAACUUGGUCAUCCUCGACAUCAAUGAGGAUGUUAUGUCUCGAUUCGUCAAGGAAACCAAAGAACCUCACCGCAGUGAUGUGCAGGCCAAUACAUCAUAUGUGGAAAUCGCAAGUAGUGUACGAGAUCUGGCUGAGAAAUCGAACAUCAUCAUCAGUUGUCUCCCAACUGUGAAAAUCGUCCAAGACACAUAUUCUGCCAUUACCACGAAAGGCGCUUUGCCUCCUUUGCAAGAGAAACAGGAACGUUUGUUUAUUGACUGUUCGACUAUUGAUCCUCCAUCCUCGAGGCAAAUCGCAAGCUCUAUCCAGGAUGCUCUCGCAAGCCACUACGUGGAUGCACCUGUAUCUGGAGGAGCAGUUGGUGCCCAGGCGGGCACUCUGUCCUUUAUGUACGGUACCCCUGUUCAGUCACCUGAGUUCAUCAACCGCGUAGAAAGUGUUCUUCAAUUGAUGGGAACCAAGGUGUGGCAUAUGGGAGGCCAAGGUUGUGGCGUGUCCGCCAAAUUGGCCAACAAUUACAUCCUGGCCAUCAACAACAUUGCCACAUCUGAGGCCUUGAAUAUGGGCCGGGCGUGGGGCUUGGAUCUCCAGAAAUUGACUGAAUUGAUUAACUCUUCCACGGGUCACUGCUGGCCGAUGGAAGUCAACAAUCCUGUGCCUGGUGUGGUCAAAAAUGCUCCUGCUUCCAAUGGAUAUGAACCCGGGUGUCCUGUGAGCAUGAUCAACAAAGACUUGGGUCUUGCGAUUGCUGGAGCGACGGAUUCAAAGAUCCCACUUUUAUUGGCAAACACAGCCCGCGAAGCCUACGAUGCAGUCGAUAAAGACCACCGUGGACGGGACUUCUCGAUUGUCUAUCAAUGGCUUCAAAACAAGGGUUCGAAAUAG